AUUACCAAAGUGACGGAUGUACAUACCGUAAAGUUAUUUUCAGUUUCAUGCGAGUCGGUAUCACCGCAAAAACUUUUGGCAUUUCAAUUUGCUUAAGUCUUAACUAACCAUGGGCAACUGACAAUGAGAGUACACCUUUCUUUUUCUCUUUCAACUUCUAACUUAAUUCAUUUCAUUUUGUAUUAUAACGAUAAUGUGUUAAAGAAUUAACGUCGCUUCUAUACUGGUUUCAGUGUUAUAAUCAUACCGUCGAUCAUGUAAUUAAACUCGCUCUCCUCAUUAACAUGCACCGUCGCUUUGGUUAAUAACGUGAUUAAGUAAAAUCAUUUACUCGAAAAAGGGGUGUCUACGUAGGGGGUACAGGAAAUAAUAGAAAAAAAAAAACAAGACAAUAGGGAUUUGGAUUAAGUACAUCGUGAUCGACACCAAGAGAUUUUCGAAAGUACUAUUUUCGCAUUACUAAAAUAACGAUAGAAAAAUAGUUCAGUGCUAAUCCACGUACGUUAAUGCCAUCGUUUAUCGUCUUAAGAUCCUUGAAAAAGAACGAUCGUGACGUAAAGUUGCUAUCGAAUGGACCGAGUGGACGAUUAAAGAAGCAACCUGUGGCUAUGUCUUGUUGUAGAAUUUUAUCUGUGUUAGGAGCUGAGUAGGAAAUCGGUGCUUUUCAUUAUAUAUGUGUUGACGAACGUGCUCCUAACGUAAUUCAGGUAUAUCGUGCGGUCUAUUGCAAACGUUCGAUAAAUAGGAUGUAAUCGUAUCAUUUAAUGAUCGAAUCAAAACAAGAGAGGGAGAGAGAGAGAGAGAGAGAGAGAGACAGGAGAGAGGGAAGAGAUCAUUAACGAGAAGCAAAGCGGUAAUUACGCACGUUUCAAGAGCCAUUUUGCAUUAUCGAUGAAUCACUCGAUAAUUCUCAGCUAUUUGAAAUCGUUCGAUUGUAAAUCUUCUAUUCGAAAGAGAAAGGCGAAUGCCAGAGGUAGAUAAAAAAUUUGGAGGACUAAAAAUAUCAAUCAUAGCAAUGCAAAGCGUCGCGUAAAAUAUUCGUAGAAAUUCAAGAACGGCAGAGAAUCGCUGGGAAAAAAAAAGUUCGGUCAUCCCUCAUCUUGACGGAAAAAUGUUUUUCUUGCCUUACUUGCUCGCUUUCGCAUAACUUUCUUUAUCAUCGUGAAUUGCGUGCCAUGCGAUCGAAGAAAAUUCAAGUGAGAGGAUGAGGAAAGUGGAUGAUGAAAGAUGGAACGACCGGGUGAUACUUAACGUCGGUGGAAUACGUCACGAGACGUAUAAAGCGACCUUGAAGAAAAUACCGGCGACGAGAUUGUCACGACUCACCGAGGCAUCGGUAAAUUACGAUCCGAUAUUGAACGAAUAUUUCUACGACAGGCAUCCCGGUGUCUUCGCACAGGUUCUCAAUUACUAUCGUACAGGCAAGCUGCACUAUCCCACGGAUGUUUGCGGUCCUCUUUUUGAAGAAGAACUUGAUUUCUGGGGUCUUGAUUCGAAUCAGGUUGAACCUUGCUGCUGGAGUACUUACAGUAUUCAUAGAGAUACACAAGCAACAUUGGCCAUAUUGGAUAAAUUAGACAUCGAAGGCGAAAAGCUUAGCGACGAGGAAAUUUCUCGUCUCUUUGGUUACGAGGAGGAAUAUAAUCGUGGAACAUUGACAAAGUGGCAGCGAUUACGUCCGAGAAUCUGGGCUCUCUUCGACGAGCCUUACUCGUCGAGGUCGGCAAAGUGCAUCGCCUGCAUUUCGAUCUUCUUCAUCUGUCUCUCGGUUCUCUGCUUUUGCUUAAAGAGCCAUCCUAGUAAUCUACCACAAAUUAGAACGGAUGAUUCUCCUUCUAACUACUCUGUAGAAUUCACUCAGCAUUACGAGAAUGAAAUCGGUCGACCACAUAGAGCAUUUUAUUACAUUGAACACGCUUGUAAUGCUUGGUUCACAUUCGAGAUAACACUUCGAUGCUUGGUCAGUCCAAGCCUAAAGCGAUUCGCUGUGUCGCCGGUGAACGCGAUCGAUUUAGCGGCAACGUUCAGCUUCUACACGGAAUUCUUGACGGAGUCUAGCCUGUAUCUUGAGGUCCUCUCGAUAGCAAGAGUACUUCGACUCUUUAAAUUGACCAGACAUUCACCUGGCUUGAGAAUCCUCAUACAUACUUUCAAAGCAUCCGCGAAAGAGCUCGCAUUGUUGGUUUUCUUCCUUGCUUUGGGCAUAGUUCUCUUCGCUAGCCUUAUUUUUUAUGCCGAACGACUUCAAGAAAAUCCCAACAACGACUUUGACAGUAUACCACGAGGACUUUGGUGGGCUCUAGUCACCAUGACGACCGUCGGUUACGGCGACAUGACGCCGAAAACCUUUCCAGGGAUGUUCAUAGGCGGACUGUGCGCCUUGACCGGCGUUCUUGCUAUCGCACUUCCGGUUCCCGUCAUCGUCAGCAACUUCUCUAUGUUCUACUCCCACACUCAGGCACGUAGCAAAUUGCCAAAGCAGAGACGAAGAGUACUCCCAGCAGAAUUUCCAAGACGUGGAAGAUCGUCGAUGCAUCAAAAUCGUUUCGAUUCUCAGGGACAUUUGUUCUUGAACGCUUCACCUUACAGAUCGCUGACACCUCUCAUGACUCGACAACCUAUGACUAGAUUGCACAGCGUCCUACAACUCCAGCCGAAUAUCGUGAUAAAUCUAGCGGAAAUCGAACAUCGUGCGCGCACCACUUCGCCCAGUCAAGAAUCCGAAGGAACUAGCGUAUCUGACUGCCGAGAUAGCGAUCUACCUCAAGAUGAUAAGAUGGAAGAGCAACGUGUCGCCGAAAUCGUUCAUCCAGAAGAGGAAACGAAUCAUCGAAAAGAGAGACAACGUUCUCAAAACAUUCUCCAUUAUAUUUUGUGAUAAAAAUAUAUUGUUUUUUUUUAAUACCAUUAUAUAUUAUUCUAACAAAAGAAAAAAGAAAAGAAAAAAAAGAAAAGUUGCAACGAUCAACGAUAAAAACAUUUAAGAGACAAAGAGAGAAGAUGAAAGAAAAAUCAAUGAGAAUGAACAAAAAGAAAAGUGCGUUGAUCGUGCAACGAUCAUGUUUCAUCGUAAAGUCGAUCGACCAAUUCGUGGCCAUUAAAAGAGUUCAGUAGCGUAUCAACGAUAAUACCUUGCAAAACGUGGAAAACCGUGGAACUCUUUGACGCAAGAGGUUUCACGGCGCAAGCGUAAGCCAUCGACCGCUAGAACGGUUUAUUCAGGCUCUGUGGGAUCUCCCCACUUUUCUCUACUCAGUAUAGACACGCACAGACGUUGAUACAUUACAUGCAUAAAGUGAAGAAAAGAAAGAGAUAGAGAGAUAGAGAUAGAUAGAUAGAUAGAUAAGUAGGUAGAUAAAGAGAGAGAGAGAGAGAGAGAGAGAGAGAAAGAGAGAGAGAGAGAGAGAGAGAGAGAGAGAGAGACGUAUGAUGAUAUGCACCCUCGGGACAUACCUUUGAAUCGUUCUUGACGCGACAAGGUAAAUAAGUAAACGUCUCUAUGUACGCAAGUGUAGUUUUCGAGAUUCCGCUCCCUUCUUCUCUCUCCCCAUCUCUUAAUAUUUAUUUUUUUGUUUUUUUUUUUUUUAUUUUGUCUACACUUCAUUGUAAUAUUCUAAUAUUCUUUAUCUCAAGGAAUAUCUCUCUCUUGAAGAAAAAAAAAAUUCUAUUCAGAUAGUAUCUUCCUCUUCAGACACUUCUCUUCUAAACUGUCAAGCUAACGAGAUUGAUUAGGUUGUUACAAGUACUCUGGAAUGUCGAGAGAAGAGAAGAGAUGUGCUGAUAAAAGAACAAAAGAGUCCGCGUGUUCGCUUGUUUCUGCGGGAAAGCGCGACUGCUAGAGCGCAAUGUGCGCGCGCAUGAACUUUAUCUUUUUCACUCUCGUUAAGAGAAAAUGAAGAAGGAUUGGGAUGUUAGAUAUGCAUGCAAGAAGAUAGAAUAUGAAUUUUCUCUUAAUAUAUAUGUUGUAUUAAUAUUUGAAAAUAAAUGUCUUUCUUUGUUUCAUGAAAGCUCAAUUUCAUAUUAUAUGAUUAUAUGAAAAUAUUCAUUUCUCUAAGUUAUCUAAUAAUCUUUCCAAUGAUGAAGCUGUCAAAAAAUAAAAAAGAAAAAACACAAAAAAGAAAAUAAGAAAAAAAAAUCUACUCUGUCUAUCUUAGAACCAAGUAAACGAGAAUCCAUUUGCCGUCUGUCCUCGCAUGGCAUCGUAAAGGAGGAUGAAAAAGCUUGUCAAGU